AUGUCCAUCCAUUUUGGAUGCACCAACGAAACCAGCUUCACCGCAGUCUACAUCUUCCGCACAGAUUCGCUUUCCGCUCAAGUAUUACUAGCUACCGCCUUAGUCCAGGUCCGCCCGCAUCAUGGCAAUCCAAUCACCGCCAGAGUCUUGAUUGAUCAAGGUUCAGAGCUCUCAUUUAUGAGACAGACGCUCUUCAAGAAGCUCGGACAACCGCUACAGCGUGACAUGGUCAUGCUCAAGGGCAUCGGCAAUGUCUCCGCAGGAAGCUCACUAGGUGUGAGCACAAUUGAGCUUCGUUCGCUGUAUUCGACCGCAUCAAUGCAUGUCAGCAUGCAUAUUCUACCAACAUUGACGGUAGAUCUUCCAUCGUUCGUGAUCGCUGAUCCGAAAUGGCCGCAUCUGGAGAAUCUCCAACUAGCCGACCCGCAGUAUCUACAGCCGCGUCCUGUAGACAUUAUUCUAGGUGCAUCGCCAGCCGCACAGAUCAUGAACGCAGAGAUUCAAAGAGGACCUCGCAAUGCUCCUAUUGCACAACCCACCACGCUUGGUUGGAUCGUCUAUGGGGCUGUCACCGCUAAACACGCUUCAACAUCACACGCAGCACUACAUGCGUCAGUAGAUACUGAAUUACAAGACGCUAUCGCUAAGUUUUGGGAACAGGAAGAAGUUCCAUCAGGAAGUUCACCGCUCAACACCGCUGAAGAAGACGAAUGUGAAAUUCACUUUCGUCAAACGCAUUAUCGACAGCCUGAUGGACGCUACGUAGUGAGAUUACCGCUUAAGGCCCUUGAGAGUCAACUUGGCGACUCUAUCAACGCAGCUAUGGGGUCACUCCGCAGAUUAAUAACUCGCUUGUCGCGAGAAAAAGAAUAUUCUGACAUGUAUCGUGCAUUCAUGGCAGAAUAUAUUCAACUAGGACACAUGGUACGAGUACCAGUCAACGAAUUGCCCGCAAACGCUUAUUUCUUGCCUCACCAUGGGGUAUUGAAGCUUGAUAGUACCACUACGAAGCUCCGCACAGUGUUCAAUGGUUCCUGUGCAACAUCUACAGGAAUUUCAUUGAAUGAUAUUCUUCACGCAGGACCCAAAACGCAAAUUGACAUUUUUGACGUGAUGUUGAGAAUCCGCUGCAAUAAAAUUCUAUUCGCUACUGACAUCACCAAGAUGUUCAGACAGAUUGAGGUCGACUCUCUUGAUUGGCCGCUUCAGUGCAUUCUCUGGACAGAUGAGAAUGACCUGGUAGACGCUUACUGUCUCAAGACAGUCACAUACGGAACCGCUAGUGCACCUUUUGACGCUGUACGUGUGCUCAUUCAACUUGUGAAGGAUGAAGGACACCGCUUUCCGCUAGCUGUUGCUCCAAUGUUGGAUACACGCUACGUAGAUGACAUCUACGGUGGAGCAGACAACGAAGAAGACGCUAUCAAGGCUGCAGUACAAACAAAAGCUCUGUGUGCAGCAGGCUGCUUCCCGCUUGCCAAAUGGGCUAGCAAUAGCCCACGGUUACUCGCUGAAGUCGCUCCAGAAAAGCAGCUGGAUACACCGCUUAAAGAAAUCAGUGAUGCACCAGUAAAAAUCCUGGGCAUGUACUGGAAUUCACGCACUGACGCUCUCCAGUUCAAGUACACGCUACCGCCAGAUACGCCUAAGACAAAGAGAGCUAUUUUGUCUGAAAUCGCUAAACUGUAUGAUCCGCUAGGACUUCUCGCACCAAUAGUCGUCAAAGCCAAGAUCUUUAUGCAAGAUCUGUGGCUAGAUAGAGUGUCAUGGGAUGAACAAUUGUCACCAUCACUCAUUCACAAAUGGACUGGAUACCGCGAGGAUCUUCGAAACAUCGAAUCCAUCCGCAUUCCACGCUGGAAUAAUAUAGCACCUGGAGCAACUAUGGAAUUGCACGGGUUCUCAGACGCUUCGCAAAACGCUAUGGCUGCCGCUGUUUAUUUGAGAGUCACUGACGCUGAUGGGAACACAAAGGUCUCACUUUUGUGUUCAAAAACGCAAGUAGCACCGCUGAAGACCAUCACAAUCCGCUGGAAGACAUUCGUCCGCAAUAGAGUGGGAAAAAUCCAAGAAACGCUUCGAGAUGUCUCCUGGAAAUUUAUUCCAGGAAAACAAAACCCCGCUGACUGCGCUUCAAGAGGUAUACCUACGCUAAAACUGAAACAACACGCUCUCUGGUGGCAUGGACCUACGUGGCUUCAUGAACCAGAAUCCUCUUGGCCCACUCUUGAGCCUCCAACCGACAACGCAACGCAUCGAGAAGAACGCCAAGGUCUGACAUUAGUAACUUGGAAAGCAGAAAAUUGCCUGCUCCAACAAUUACUGUCGCAUUACACGCAGCUGUUUCCACUGCUACGGAAGCUUAGCAUCUGGCAUCGUGCCAUCGACCGCUUUAAAAGAGUUCCACAAUCUUCGCUGGCCUACCCGCUUACUCCAUCAGACCUGGAGCGCGCUAAAUUGACCUUGAUUAAGUUCACUCAAGGACAAUAUUUCGCUAGAGAGAUUCAUACGUUUCAAGAUGGUGAUGAUCUGCCAAAAAACAACAGCAUCACUAAGCUGACUCCGUUCAUCGACCAUCAGGGGGUCCUGAGAGUCGGUGGCCGCUUAAAAAACGCAUUGUUGGACCCAGAAGAGAAGCAUCCAGCAAUACUGCCGAGACAUUCACCGCUUACAUCAAUAUUGAUUGAUGAUUCGCACCGCAAAACGCUUCACGGAGGUACUCAGCUCACGCUCGCUGAAUUACGCAAAGCUGUCUGGAUCAUUGGAGGCCGUGUUCCAGUCAGAUCCUUUAUUCUACGCUGUGUAAUUUGCACGAGACAUCGUGGAGAACGCGCUCAACAGUUGAUGGGUCAACUACCCGCCGCACGAGUACAGCCAACUCGAGCCUUCUUGCAUACAGGACUCGACUACGCUGGACCUAUCACGCUGAAAACGUUUCAAGGACGUGGAGCAAAAACAUACAAAGGCUGGAUUGCAGUCUUUGUAUGCAUGUUCAGUUCAGCUGUACACUUAGAGCUAGUAACUGACUACACCGCUGCCGCUUUCAUCGCCGCUUAUCGCCGCUUCACUAGUCGCCGAGGUAUCUGCCACACGCUAUAUUCUGACUGUGGAACCAAUUUCGUAGGAGCAGAAAAAGAGCUGAAACGACUAUUCGCAGCAGGAUCCCGCACAUUACGAGAAUUAUCAAGUCUGAUCGCGCAAGAUGGCACGAACUGGAAAUUCAAUCCGCCUGGAGCUCCACAUUUUGGAGGAAAAUGGGAAGCCGCUGUGAAAUCUAUUAAAUUUCACCUCCGAAGAACAAUCGGAGACUCGCUAUUGACGCUUGAGCAGUAUUCGACGCUACUGGCUCAAAUUGAAGCCAUAUUGAAUUCCAGACCGCUUACACCGCUUAAUGAAGAUCCUGCUGACCUGGCUGUAUUAACUCCAGGUCAUUUCUUAAUCGGACAGUCAUUGACCGCAGUCCCAGAGCCAUCGCUGACAGAUUUACAACCUGCUCGGCUCUCGCACUGGGAACAAGUCCAGCAAAUGGUGCAACAUUUCUGGAAACGCUACUACCAGGACUGUAUCCACCGCUACCAGGCCAUUUCAAAGUGGCAUCAUCAACGCAACCAGAUCAAAGUGGGUUCAGUUGUACUGAUCACCACUGAGGAUCUUCCGCCAACCAAGUGGCCAUUAGCCAAAGUGAUUGCUGUCCAUCCAGGAGCAGAUGGACAAAUCCGCGUGGUAACUGUGAAGACAGUUAACACAGAGCUGGUACGCCCAAUUACAAAGCUUUGUGUCUUGCCACUGACGCAUGAAGAGGAUGAUCUUGUCGACGCAGCCGCCAACGCCGGGGAGAAUGUUCAGUGA